AUGGCCGAGAAAAUGACCCCUGCAAUGCGCUCCGCUAUGAUCAUAAUCCCCGGCGACAGCUGUAUCAAUGUUCCCAUCUCCGCCUCAAACCCUGUCGAACCUCUCAGAUCCUCUACCUCUCUUACAAGCGCAGGCCGCUAUCUUACACUUCGAGUCACUCCUUCUCUCCACUUCGAUACCAAAAUGCUUUCGCAUAUUUUUGCCAUUGUCGGGCUCCUAGGAAUGAUUCAGCUCAUAGUAGCAGCACCCGUCGUUCACCCGAGGUUCCGGGGGAGUUCAAAUAUAUCGAGUGUAGAUUUAUCGGGCAUUAGCUUCCAACGUCCACCUCAAGUACGGGACCUUGCCAGUGUCCUCGAGGCUCUAACUGAGUUCCAGCGACCCCCGGAGUUGUCGACUCGGGGCUUGUCAUUACGGACAUUGCCUGAAAACGUUCGAAGAUUCAAAGGACCUGCAAACAUUGGUCAAGGUGAUUUUACGAACGUUCAUGGCCAUAGUGGCCCUGGAGCGUUCGAAGCCCCCAAUCUAUGA